AUGCGAAGAACAUCUGUGUCGCUGCCGACGAAGCAACCCGCGCGAGAUCCACACGAAAAGCCUGGUCGAUUUGCACCCGCUCAACGGAAUACUGGCCUGUUCGCGGCGUUCAGAGAUAUGUCUCAAGCACAGAAGACGAGGUGGAUGAGGACGGGCGCCAUCGCCUUCUUCGUCGUCUUCCUCUUCUGGUAUCUGUCUCCUAGAGGCGUCAACGUCUACAAUGGCGGGGCAGUAUCGAAAGGCGGCGCUGGUGGCCAGGUCCCUGCCGAUGCUUCGUACGGCACUGACAAGUGCACUCAAUCCAGCUCCAAGUCUAAGCCCAUCGUACAGUACGUCCUGAUGAUCGACGCCGGCAGCACUGGAUCCAGAAUCCACGUCUACAAGUUCAACAACUGCGGCGCCACCCCCGAGCUGGAGCAUGAGGAGUUCAAGAUGACGGAGAAGUCAGUUGGUGGUCUCAGCAAGUAUAAGGACGACCCCGAGGCCGCUGCCGCUUCUCUCGACGCUCUGAUGGAGGUUGCCAUGACCAACGUUCCCGACAAGCUCAAGUCCUGCAGUCCUGUCGCGGUGAAAGCGACCGCUGGACUCCGCAUGGUCGGAGCUGAGAACGCCGAGAAGAUCCUCGCUGCUGUGCGCAACCGCCUCGAGACCAAGUACCCCUUCCCCGUCGUUGCCAAGGAGGAUAACGGAGUUGCCAUCAUGGACGGCGCCGACGAAGGUGUCUACGCUUGGAUCACUACCAACUACCUCCUCGGCAAGAUUGGCGGCCCUGACAAGAGCCCCACCGCUGCCGUCUUCGAUCUCGGCGGUGGCUCCACCCAGAUUGUCUUUGAGCCCACCUUCAAGGGAGCUGCGGACGGAGGCAUGCCGGAGAAGCUCGCCGAGGGUGACCACAAGUACGACCUUGCCUUUGGUGGACAAAAGUUCGAGCUCUACCAGCACUCCCAUCUGGGAUAUGGCUUGAUGAGCGCCCGCAAGGCCGUGCACAAGCAGCUGAUUGAGGAGAUCUUUGAGAGCAAGAAGUCCGACGACAGCUGGGUCAAGCAGCCCAUCAUCCACCCCUGCAUUGCCCCCGGCAUGGUUAGAGAGGUUGAGGUCGAGCUCGACGAGAAGCACCCCCUCGGCAAGACUGUCACCUUCAACAUGACCGGCCCCUCCCAGGCCGCCCCCGCUCAGUGCCGCAACCUCGCCGAGAAGAUCCUGAAGAAGGAAGAGAGCUGCAAGCUUGCGCCCUGCUCUUUCAACGGUGUCCACCAGCCAUCAUUGGCCAAGACCUUUGGCCGCGAGGACGUCUACAUCUUCUCCUACUUCUACGACCGCACUAAGCCGCUCGGCAUGCCCGACUCCUUCACCCUGCGCGAGAUGCACGACCUUGCCAACUCUGUCUGCGGCGGUGAGAAGUCUUGGGAUCUCUUUGCCAGCAUUCCUGGUGCCAUGAAGGAGUUGCAGGACCGUCCUGAGCACUGCCUUGACCUCAACUUCAUGAUGGCUCUUCUCCACACCGGCUACGAGAUGCCUAUAGACCGUGAGGUCAAGAUUGCCAAGAAGAUCAAGGGUAACGAAUUGGGUUGGUGCCUUGGUGCUAGCUUGCCUCUUCUCUCCCCCGGAUCUGGUUGGAAGUGCAGAGUCAACCAGGUCAACUAG